GUUGCAGAGUAAUCUAAAAGAUGGUGAGACAACCAUAUCUAAAGAAAGGAACAUGGACUCCUGAUGAAGACCAAAAGCUGAUUGAUUAUAUCAUGAGAUAUGGCAUUUGGAAUUGGAAUGAGAUGCCCAAAUUUGCUGGGUUGCAAAGGUCAGGGAAGAGUUGCAGGCUUCGUUGGAUGAAUUACUUGAGGCCUAAUAUAAGGCUUGGAAACUUCAGCAGGGAAGAAGAAGAAACCAUAAUCCACCUUCAAAAGGAGCUCGGAAACCGAUGGUCAGCCAUAGCAGCAAGGCUUCCACACAGAACUGACAACGAUAUCAAAAACUACUGGAACACCCACUUGAAGAAAAGGGUGAUAUUGGAGAAUAACAAAUCAUCAUCAGUAACCACAGAAACCCAUUCCAGUAUUGAGGAGAAUUCACCUGGUGCUGAUUCCUCAAGCUUGCUUAAAAUUCCUACAAUGGCUGAUUUUCCAGAACCAUUGACUUACGGUGGUACUUUUACUUCAUCUGAAAACAGUUAUAGCAUGAGGGAAACUUUUGUUUCAUCUGAGAACUAUUGGGAGAUACUGAGUUUUAUGGAGCAGCCAUUAAUUGCAGAAAGUUUUGAUUGUGAUUCAGUGUCACCAAAUUCUCAGUUGUGGCUCAACCACCAUCAACAAUACUAUGAUCCUGUGGAUGAUUUCUGGGCCAAUCCAUUAUUUUCGUAA